AUGUAUGGCCGGUGUGGGCGCCUGGACGAGGCCCUCCAGAUCUUCACUUCCAUGGAAGAGCGCAACAUCUACUCAUGGAAUCUCUUGCUCACGGCGUACGCUCACAACGAAGACUACCCACGCGCCAAGCUCGUCUUCGAUCAAAUCCCCGCCAGGGACGAGGUGUCGUGGAACAUCCUGAUCGCGGCGUAUGCCCGGCGCGGUCAUGACGAUGGAGCGCUACUGCUUCUCGCGCUCAUGGAUCUCGACGGCGUCCCCGCAAAUCAGUUCACGUUCCUCAGCGCGCUCGAGGCGUGUGAAUCGAUCCGGCAAGGCCGGAUCGUUCACGGGCUUGUGGCUGAAUCCGGGAUGGAAGAUCUUGUUAUUGUCAGCACUGCAGUUGUCACCAUGUACGGAAAGCUUGGUAGAGUGGAUUCGGCAAAAAAGACAUUUGACAGAAUGCCUCAUAAGAAUGUGAUUACUUGGAACGCAAUGCUUGCAGUGUAUGCCCAAUCAGGGUAUCUAGACGAGGCAAAGUUGUUUUUUGAGUUGCUGCCUUCAAAGGAUGUCUACUCGUGGACCACGAUUAUAGCCGCGCUUGGAGAAUUUGGGUAUCUGGAGGAAGCUAGAAACGCUUUCGAUAAAAUGCCAAGAAGAAACGUUGUAUCUUGGAAUGCAAUGGCUGCCGCAUAUGCCACAAACGGGCAUUUGGAAGAAGCGAAGGUGGUGUUUAAUCUCACUCCAAACAAGAACACGGCCUCGUGGAACUCCAUGAUCUCGGGAUACGCACAGCACGGGAACGAGGAGGCCAUUCACCUCUUCCGACUCAUGGAUCUGGCAAGCGAUCCAGCGCCUAACAGGAUAACGUUCAUCAGCGCCCUGAAUGCCUGCGCGUGCUGGUCCUGGGCUCUGAUCGUCGGCAAAGCCAUCCACGACCACCUGGUAGCGACGACCAAGGUGGCCGUCCUGGACGUGACCGUGGCAACAUCCCUGGUAAACAUGUAUGGCAAAUGCGGGGAUCUGGAUCAAGCAAGGGAGAUCUUCAACGCGAUGCCGGCUAAGGGCUUUGUUACAUGGAACGCGAUGCUGGCCGCGUAUGCACAGCACGGGCAUGCCGCAUCCGCACUGGAUCUAUUCCACCUCAUGAACCUCGACGGCGUAAGCGCUGACGAUAUCACAUUUACGAGUGUGCUCGCGGCGUGCAGCCACCUCGGGAGCUUGAGCCGAGGGUUGAGUUACUUUGCAGACAUUGCCCAGAGCUUCUCAAUCGCACCAACUUGCGAGCACUACUUGUGCAUGAUCGAUCUCCUGGGUCGGGCUGGGCAAGCCGAGGAAGCCGCGGACUUGGUCCACGCCAUGCCGUUUGAGCCGAGCUCCGUGGCGUUGACAAUGGCGGUGGGAGCUUGUGGAGUCAACGGAGACCCAACCGGUGGGAAGAGCGUGGUCGAGUCAAUGGCCGAGGACCGCGAUCCGGCUCCCUACUUGGUGCUGUCCAACAUCCACGUAACAAGUCAACGUAACAAGUCAACGGCACAAGGCUAG